AUGGAGGAAAUUUUGAACUUCUGCAACCACAUCCUGGGGGCUUGUCGAGAGCUAUUGGAAGUGCUGCAGAUUUAUAGGCGAGCUUCGGGGCAAUUGGUUAAUUUUGCCAAAAUCUCGGUGGGGUUUAGUAAGAAUGUAUCUGAGGAGAUGAAGGAGGAGAUCUCUGGUACUUUGGGUGUAGAGGUUGUUGCCUCACAUGAGAAGUAUCUUGGGUUACCAACUUACGUGGGGCGCAAGAAAACUUCAACUUUUCAUUAUAUCAAGGAAAGGUUGGCUAAGAAAUUGUCUGCUUGGCAAGGGAAGCUGUUUAGUGGAGCAGGGAAAGACAUUUUGAUACGUGUAGUGGCCCAGGCACUUCCUACGUACGCUAUGAGUGUCUUUCAGUUGACUAAGAGUUUCUGUGAUGAUUUGGAACAAAUGUGUGCAAAAUUUUGGUGGGGUAGCUGUUCGCUCAAAAAUAGUCUCGGCAACGUGUCACUCGGCCGAGGUCUUCUUGGCUUACACGCGUCCUUCUGGCUUGGUGACGUGUGCACGGGCGUGCCAACUUGCAGCCGGUAG